AUGGCAGUCGAUCUCCCCUCCUUCAUCCAUCUCGCGCGGCCUCUUGCGCCCGCAGCGAUUGGCGUGCAACCCACUACCGCACCUGUGAAUGUCAUAAUCCAACCACAGGCCAUAUUUUCUAUCCUUGACCACGCGAUACGAAGGGACAUUCGUGACACGCAAUCCACACGAGUUAUUGGUGCACUUUUGGGUGUACGUUCAGAAGAUGGCAUGGAAGCCGAAGUACGAAACUGUUUUGCAAUUCCACAUACAGAAAACGAAGACCAAGUGGAGGUAGAUGUCGAGUAUCAGAAGAACAUGUUAGCUCUGCAACUCAAAGCAAAUCCACGAGAGGUACUGCUAGGCUGGUAUACGACAAGUUUAGAUCUCAACAGUUUCAGCGCUCUGAUCCAGAACUUCUUCGCGAGCCCCGAAACAGGCACUUUUCCGCAUCCUGCUAUUCACCUAACAGUGUCUACAGACGCAGGAAAGGGCAUCGAGGCGAAGGCUUACAUCAGUGCGCCGGUUGGGGUUAAUGCUGAGAGGGCCUCUGAGAGUUGUCUUUUUAUUCCUGUGCCCUACGAUAUUCGCUACGGAGAGGCCGAGAAGAGCGGAUUGGAGCUGAUCUCUGGGGCGAAGGAUAGCGAGAACCGCGCGGCACCUGUGGUGACAGACAUUGAAGGAUUGGAGCGGGCCGUUGAUCAAGCUAUUGACCUGUUAGAUCGAGUUGCCGAAUACGUCAGCUCUGUGCUAGACGAAGAAAGGGAGCCCUCAAAUGCUCUAGGACAAUUCCUAAUGAAUGCUCUGUCUUUGGCGCCAAAGGUCGACCCGGAAGACAUCGAGAGAGAUUUUAACAACCACAUCCAAGACGUCCUUGUAGUUUCGUACUUGGCAAACACAAUUCGCACCCAGAUCGACUUGUCUCAGAGACUAGCCACAGCUACACUUACUAUGGGUGGCUCAGAUGCUUUGGCUGCUACCGGCGGAGGUGAAGGCGCGGAGAAGGGAGAUCGGGGGGGCCAGCGAGGUGGUAAGCGUGGAGGGCGAGGAGGGCGAGGCGGGGGACAACAGAGAGAGCCAAGAGAGCCUGCAGAGUAA